AUGUACAACCCUCAUUCGGGGUUCCAGCAGGGUCAAUGGCACCACCAGCAGCAACAGCAGCCCCACCAGGCUUUGGGCCAUGGCUCACAUCGCUCCGGGCCUCCGCCUGCCAAGAGAGCUAAGAAUAACCCGAUCAUCACUCGCUAUCCGCCUCCACCAGGGUAUACCGGACCUGGUGCUCAACCUGCCCAGUACCAGCAGCAGCAGCAGCAGCAGCAGCAGCAGUGGCAGCAACCUACACAGUCAUAUCCCGGUCCCCACGGCCAGAAAACGUAUUCCGGUCCCCACGGUCAGACAACAUAUCCUGGCUACGCUCAACCCGGGUUUAAAGGCUACGUUCAACCUCAGCAGACCUACCCGCAUCCCCAACAAGCCUACGCGCAACCUCAUCAAUCCUAUGCACAACCUCAUCAGCCCUACCCACAGCCGCAGUAUCCGGGAUACCCUACUACAAGCUUCCCACAGCAGCCUCAACACUCCCAGCCUGCGUGGUCCGCUCCCACUAGCACAACACACAGUCCUUCAUCGGCACCAUGGCAGCCUUCUCACAAGAGCCGCCACAGCUCCGCCACGUCCGCUUCCAUCAGGAGAUCCGCCGACCCGUUCAGCGAAAACCAGGACUAUGUCCCAGGUCAAGCCAAUGUCGACCGGUACGAGGUCGAUGACCUCAACACUGCUUUUCUAGAGGAGGAUUACCUCGACGAGGGCUACUCCGCCACCCAUCCCGACGAGAUCGACCCAAGUCUGAGUCUCGGUACCAUAACAUGGCUUCCUCCGUUGCCGACCAAACGACCACUGCCCCCAACGCACAAAGAAGCCGAGCUAGAAGCCAUUGCUCCUCGCAAGGCCCUUCCAAGCGACGAUGAAUCUAUCAGCGAUUACUUCAUCUACGAGAGGAGACACGAGGCAUUUCUCAGCAUCCGUCAAACAGAGAGGUGGAAUGAGCUCAAGGAUGACAUCAUCUUCAGGGAGUUUGCUCAAGGUCCCACAAAUGUCCUGGCCCUGUCAGAGCUUGUCGACAAGUAUAGGCGCCGUCAUGAUGCCGAGUGGGAGGACCGGGCAUCAACACCGACACCAGAGCCCGAGGACAACUUUAGCAACAUGCAGGUCGACGCCAAUGGCUAUGAGCACGCUGACGACGACGAGCCGACGGAUAUGCUGGGCAAUCUCGAGCAAGCGCUCAACGACGACGCUCCUACCAGACAAUCCGCCCAUCACGCUCGCACGAUGUCCAACAGCUCAGCCACCACACGCAGCCUAAGCAGGCCACGAGCACUACUCCCGGUUCGCGAUCCAGCACAAGAAGACCUUCUCGCCGCUCUCGGAGUCACUGGUUCGCCCAAGAUCGUGUAUGAGACUCCUGGGCCAGCCAUCGGACCUUCGCAACCGCAGCGGGAGCGCAGCCUGUCACGUCCCAGCCGCGAUAACUCUGCUUCUGGCAUGUCUGACAGGCGCCAAGCUGCGCACCAGCCCCCACCACCCCCUCCGCCGCCUUCACAUCCGCCCCCAGGCUCUAUGCGCCGCUCCGGCUCGUACGACCCAUGGGCAGCGGACAACCACACCUUCAGCAACGGACGCCGGGGCUCAAACUCGAGCCAACACACAGCAGCUGGGUCUGACUUCAGCGAGGACGAUGGCGAGAAGACUCCACGUGCUGAGAUGAAUGGUUCACAACGCCGCAAGCGUGGCUACGAGGAAUCGAACAGUGGCUCGCUACAUGGGAUCCCGGAACAAGAUGAAGAGGCUACGCCACGACCACGCCGGAAGCAGCAGCGUGUGGACGAUGUGUACAAGUAA